AUGUUUGUACCACUCAUCUUCAGCGCCGUGAAGGGCGUCUGGAAAAAGAGCAAGGACAAGAAAAACCCCGGUGCGAAACCCAAAGCCCCCGUCGACAUGCUCGCCAUCCUCGACUGGGUAAUCUACGGCCUCCCCUUUCUCGUCGUCCUCUUCUCCGUCCUCGUGUUUGCCGGCUGCCUCGGCACCUCCCCCGGCAUCCCGAACCUGCACCUCAUCUCGCUGACCGAGGGCGACCUGAGCAUCCGCGUAGGUUACUUCGGCAUGUGCUUCGCGCGCACCAACGCCACCGUCGGGGAGGCCUGCGCCUCGACCGUGGGCCAGACGCCCGACGAGAUGGCGUCGCGCGUACUCAAGGCCCCUUACCCCGCCGGCGCGCCGUCCCUGAUCGCCACGGCCAGGGACCUGCAGCGCGACAUCCUGGCGCCGCUGUUCCCGGCCGUGGGCGUGGCGUUCAUGGCCGCGCUCGGCGUGCUGGGCGGACUGUGGCGGCUGCGCCGCGCCGGCAGGACGUCCGAGCCGACCUACUGGCGGCUGCGCCGCGCGGCCCUGGCGCUGCUGUUUGCGGCCGUCGCGCUCGCCCUCAUGUCGGCCCUGGCCACCACCCAGACCGUCGCCGCCGUCAGGUGGGGCGUGACCGAGGCGCAAGGCCCCGCGAGCGGCGUGUCCAGGACCGCCGCGCGUGGGCAGGCCGUCGAGGCUCUGCAGUGGGUCACCGCCGUGUUCAUGGCCGUCUUUGCCGUGCGCCUGGCCGCCGUGUAUCGCAACCCGACCUCGGCUGGCAUUGCCAUCCAGGACGUCGAGAUGGGUCCGAGGGAGGACUACCACGGUCAGAGGAACCGUGCGUCUUCCAUGUACUCGAGGUGA